GGGUAUUCAGCCAGACGAGCGCUGCAACUGCGUGAUGAUAUCCAAUCGGCAGCUGGGCGAGAGCGAGGGCGGGCGAUUGCUGGUGUGGGCUGACGUGCGGAUCAGCCCCCAACCGCCCUUUUUCCGGGAUAAUCGCCAUUGCCUGCGGGAUAUUGCCGUUCGGCUCGUAAGCUGCUGCCGUAGAGUUGCUGCCGUAGAGUUGCUGCCGUAUGACUCGAACGGCAUUUUUCUGCAGGAUCAAUCGGUUUUGUCGCUGAGAGCAGCCCAUCCACCAUGGCGGCGCUUCAACCCGCACCGAGAGUCAGGACCGGAGCCUUGGAUCCGCUUUCUGGACCAAAGCCACCGAGCGACCUGCGCGAUAUAAUGCCGGACUUUCGUCCAGCUUCAGCGGUCCCUGCUGUCGACUAUGAGAAGCUCAUUUCUGUCUUGACGUCCAAGCACACCUGCAAUAUGUUUGACCGACACGUCGCGAUUUUGGAAAAGCUGGCCAAAGUUCUCCGUGGAGGAGUGGAAAUGCAAGACUUCCAAUUCAUUGGAGAUAUAUUCAUGAUAUGCCGCGAGAAGAUUCUCAGCGGAGCUGCGAUUUUGGAGUGUCCCGUGGUCCGAAUUCUGUCGGCAUGUCGCAACAUGCGACUCGACACGAACGAGGCGUGCGAGAACCGAGCGAUUGCCAAUUUUCUAUCCUCGAUAACUGCCUUGCUGUGCUUGAAGAACCUCGAGAUAUGCGAAAUAGUCUCUGAGAUCAUCGUCUGUCUCGCCGGGGGAGCCAGCACCGAUCUGGAUGCGGAUGGCCGAGUCUUUAACAAGGCAGCGUCGCUCAACAACAGUCCUCCCAUCAUGCUGGACAAGAUCAAGACCAAGAGUAACACCGCCAACGACGAAUGGAUCGUUCAAAUCAAGCAAAGCGACACAGUCAUGAACUUGGCCAGAGCACUCGAGACACAGAAGGAUUUACAAUCGCGCCGGACCAUGCUGCGAACCGUUCGCCGCCUUUCGACAUACCAAACGCUGUGUCAUGAGAUCAUAUAUGAGGGUCUGCUCGAGAUCAUUGCGGAUAUUAUGCGCGAGACCAAUGACUCUUCGAUCCUCAAUCUCGGGAUCGAUAUCCUUUGGAACUCGUUGAGUUUGGACGGAUUCGCCUCUGGGACGCUGUUGGCUUCGUUUCGCGAAGGCUCGGGUAUCUAUCCAACAUACCACAUGACGACUAUUGAUACGAUGUUUGGCCAGGAAGACUACCAGCUGAAGAGGCUCUUGGUAUUUGCCUUCACCUGGGCCAGCGGCGACCCAGGGACCUUCCAGUAUCUGCUCGAGAACGGCAUCAUGGGAAGCUUGAUGCCGUAUCUUGCCGUCCAUCGCGAAGCAGAGUUAUUGAAACGAUGGUCGCCUCAACAACUCGAAGGUAUCCAGAUCCAGACAUAUGUACACCAAAAGAUCCUGGGCUUCAUUCGACACAACAUAUCGAGGUUGGCCAAUGUGCUGGAGAGCUCGCAGGGCUACUCUGUGCUCAUCGACUUUCUCGAGCGGGCCGUUGACCGAUCUUGCCACAAGAUGUACAUGCCUGGCGUGGAGGACCUACUACAGCUUGUGCCUACUGUGCUUCGGACCAUACUUUCGAUCUCUGGGAUGGGCUCAUCCCAUCGCGUGGCGCUUGGCGAGCUUGGAGUGUGGCCACAGCUCCUAAGGAUCAUAAAGUGCGAAAAUUACCCUCCGGAGGUGUGGAGAAUCACUUUGCUUCUCUGCUCGUCACUGGGAAGCUCAUGUGACUCAAACAAAAGACUGUUUGGAAGCUACGACGGUGUCGAGGCCCUCAUUCCGUUUCUGAAAUUCCACUCGGCCGAUCCACAAGAGCGCGAGGCAGUUCUGUUCAGCGUCAUCGAGUGCAUUUGGGGCGCCGUUUGCGGAGAUCAGCUCAAUGAAGAUGCAUUUUUUAAGAGCCGAGGGGUUUACCUUAUGCUCGAUCUGCUCGAACGCUCGUCCCAUACGCUGCAGCAGCAUAUCCUUGGGACACUGUUGGAUCUGAUGGAGAACCCAAAGACGAGAAUGCACGCGAUGGAGUGGCGAACUGUCGCUGACGUCAAGAAGACACUGGUUCAUUUCCUGAUCGAUCUCUGGCAAAAGGAAGAGCUCAUUCUCGGUGUCCAGCAAAAUGCACAAGGAAUCAUCGAAGAUACUGUUGCUCCACUUAUGGGUGACAUCCAUGCCAAGAUCUAUUCGCUGUUUUGCAAACUGGGCUUUGAGUAUGGCAGCGACAUCCUUAAUGUGCGGGAACAGGUUCAGCUUUCUGCGAUUUCCAAGUUCUUGGACUUCAAGAUUGGCGAAGUUUGGAACGAAAUCGCCGCCGAACUGGACUGGGAAGGCACAUACCCGGUGUCACCAGACAUGUCCUGUGUUCGCGCAGCCAAGAUGGUGAUUACCGAGAAGGCAAAAGCCGUGCAGCAGCAGCAAAUCGGGUUGAUUGAGCAAAACGCAGAGCACCGGCGGAAUGAAGAAGAUCAGUUUUACCAAAGCGUCAAGGAGCGAAACUCAAUGAAGCAUCGCACUCAGUUCACAGGGGCCGCCACUGAUCCUAUCCUCGAAGCGUAG